AUGUUGAAAGGUGACAGAAUCAACGUGGCGGCUCUCUAUGUCAGACCUAAAGGCAUAGAGGAGAUAUCCGACAUGGUGGAAAAAUUGAUCAACUGUCUCCAGCUGAUCCCCGAGUCGGGCUUGACAGUCUCAGCCGGCGACCUGAACGCAAGAGUGGACAGUCCUGAGAUCCUCAGAGGCUGUGCGCUUACCCCGUCCCCGAAGAAAAGCGGGAGAUCCUGGUGGAAGCCGGCCUGUUCAGAGGCGAAAAAAGCCCUAACGUCGGUAAGAACCGCGAUCCCCCUCUACCCGAACCUGGAGUUCCUCCUGCCCCCGCUGAAGACGAGCUACAGCAGAUGCCUUCGCGCCGCCAAGCUUGACCACGACAAACGGCCGGGAAUGCAACGACUCUUGAAAGCCGCACGAUCCCCGUACGUCUGUCUGAGACACUUUCGACCUCAGAGAACAGUCUGUCCCAUCGACGUAUCAAGCUUGCAACGGCAUUUCGGAAACAUGUUCGCGUCGACAGACACAACGCCACAGACCCUCCCAAUAGUCAAUUCGGUUUGGAGCGAGGUGGAUCUCGAAUGGCGGAAAACUCUCGACGAAGAUUUCAACAUUGCUGAGGUGCACAACAUCAUUUGCUCGCUUCCCUCGAACAAGGUCUGUGGCGAGGACGAGAUCUUCAAUGAGCACCUCAAAACUGCCACCGUUCUAACACCGAUCUGGACAGGGCUAUUCAACAAGUGUCUCGCGCAAAGUGCAAUUCCAAACAAGUGGUCUUCAUGCAUCAUGAUUCUCAUAGCGAUAAACAAAAGCCGAAAGAGUCUUGUAACUGUUCAAAGUAAAGCGGAGGAAAUCGAAUUCGAGAUGAUCUUCAUUUAUUCUUCAAACCUCGAACAAACGAGGGUACCGGUACGUGAGCUGGAGGGAGUCGAUGAAGACAUGAAUUUCAUAGCGCGAAUCCGAGUUGAGAAAGAGGUGGGGAGAAUAUCCCGUUGGCGUCGAGGUAGCGAGCUCUACAUGGAUCAUGUCGACGUUAUUUCGGAAUGGAUCGGGUCCUUGAUGAACGUCCGAGAAUCGUCGGACAUCACGCUCAUCGUCGAAGGAGACGCUUUCGUUGCGCACAAGAUCAUGCUCGCUUCAUCCUGUGAAUACUUCAGGGGUCGCUGUAGACUCAUCGAUUGUCCUCCUCAGAAAAAAGUUGAGGGCUUCUCUCUCUUCUUGCGUCGCGUGAGAGUUCCGAGAGCGGUGAUCGACAGUGUAUGCCGUCGAGUUUGCAAUACUGUAACGAGUGAAGCCGUUACCACCGGGAGUUUCCAAAAGACCCGGAAGUGUCUUCUCGCCGGUCUCUCACGAUCGAUAAUGGCGGAAGAAUCGAAAGCAAAGCUUCUGGAGGGAGCAGCGAGCAAGAAGUCCGGAAUCGAUCAUGUCUACGAUCUCUCGAAACGCAUCGGAUCCAUUUUGUCGGACAAGGAUUCCUCGGAUAUUACUCUCGUGGUUGAGGGGGAAGCUAUAUACGCUCACAAGAUCAUUCUCGCUGCAUCAUGUGAUUACUUCAGGGCGCUUCUUCAAGGAGGAAUGAUGGAGUCGGACCAGGAAGAGGUCGAGCUGAAGGACGUCCCAGCCCGAGGGUUCAAAGCGGUGCUCAAGUACAUCUACACCGCGCAGUUGGAAUUGAAAUCAAUGGAUGUUGAGACGAUUCUGGAAGUUCUCUCCCUGGCAGAUCUCUAUGGACUUGAGAAGAUGCGAACAUCACUCUGCGAGUAUCUCGAGGAAACUAUGUCCGCUGACAAUGUCUUGCUAAUCUGCGAGUCAAUUGAGCCGCUCAGCUUCAAGCACCUGCAUGAAGUUUGUGUCCAUUUCAUGGAUCAAGUCCCACAGGCAGUUCUCGAGAGCGAGGCUUUCAGUACUUCUCGUGCGCGUACUUUGAGUCGAAUUCUAUCGCGUGAUUCUUUCUGCGCGGAGGAGAUCGAGAUCUUUAGGGCUGUGACUCGUUGGUGCAAGCAAAAUCCUGACCCAGAAGACCAGGCCGAAGUGCUGGGUAUGCUUCGACUACCACUCAUCCCGACGAAAAGUCUUCUCACUGAGGUCAAGAGCUCGGGUGUGAUAACGACGGAUCGAUUGAUCGAAGCCAUCCAGAUGCGGGAGUGUCAUUCAGCAGAUCUGCCUCUCAGGGGCGUCCUGACACAAGGACAGAAUCUCGCCACCAAAGAAAACGGGGCGAAGAGGCUCAUUAUCGUAGAGGACGAUUUCGAAGUUUUCGCUUCCCCGGAGGCCAACCUUCGCUAUCGCAGCGGAGAUACGUUGGUCAAUGACUUUAGUACGUAUCUGCCGGUCAAAGAGGCGUUCACAGUUGCGCUCAGCAAAGCGUUCUUCGUCGACUAUAUCUCGUUCCGAAUGCGUCAUGAAAGCUCGGCGAGUUUCGGGUACCACGUCGAGGUCUCGGUCGACCUCGUGAAUUGGAUCCGUGUCUUCGAUCAACCCGAAUUAGUCUGUCGCUCUCUCCAAAGACUUCACUUCAAGCCGAGAGUCGCUCGCUUCAUUCGACUCCUCUGCCACGAGCUCCCGGGGCAUCAAAUCGGUUAUUUGUCCGAAUUCGAAGCGUCUUAUACUGGGCGAGAUUGGAAUUCUUGCAAAGGGUACUACGCUCCUUCGGAGAAUGUCGCCACAGUGAGCUUGGGAGCUGCUGUCGUACAAUGCUGGAGUGGCACCGAUGAGAUGAUAGCAGGCGAGUCCAACUACAGGCUUGCGGGAACAGGUUGGACCGAGCAUCAAAUAGGUGGCGAGCCGAUCAUCGUUCAGUUGUCGCAGCCGUAUGCCGUGAAUUCCAUCAGUAUGGUCCUGCCAAGAGAAAAUUCGCAUGAUUUUUCCUACUUCGUCGACGUUUCUUCCGAUCGCAAAGAAUGGACUCGUGUGAUUGAUCGCUCCCAGGAUCGUUGUAAAUCCUUGCAGAGAUUGAAAUUCGCUACAGUUCCCGUCAGCUUCAUCAAAAUAUGGGGUACAGCAUCUUCUGGCAGCAAGAAUUUUUCCUGUAGUGAAUUCAAGUGCUGGGCUGAAAAGGAUGAGGCUAUCCCGAAGGAAACAGAACAGAGCAAUGGUCAGCCAACAGAAGCAAAGAAAAGCGGGAGAUCCUGGUGGAAUCCGGCCUGUUCAGAGGCGAAAAAAGCCCUAACGUCAGUAAGAACCGCGAUCCCCCUCUACCCGAACCUGGAGUUCCUCCUGCCCCCGCUGAAGACGAGCUACAGCAGAUGCCUUCGCGCCGCCAAGCUUGACCACGACAAACGGCAGGAAAUGCAACGACUCUUGAAAGCCGCACGAUCCCCGUACGUCUGUCUGAGACACUUUCGACCUCAGAGAACAGUCUGUCCCAUCGACGUAUCAAGCUUGCAAAGGCAUUUCGGAAACAUGUUCGCGUCGACAGACACAACGCCACAGACCCUCCCAAUAGUUAGUUCGGUUUGGAGCGAGGAGGAUCUCGAAUGGCGGAAAAUUCUCGACGAAGAUUUCAACAUUGCUGAGGUGCACAACAUCAUUUGCUCGCUUCCCUCGAACAAGGCCUGUGGCGAGGACGAGAUCUUCAAUGAGCACCUCAGAACUGCCACCGUUCUAACACCGAUCUGGACAGGGCUAUUCAACAAGUGUCUCGCGCAAAGUGCAAUUCCAAACAAGUGGUCUUCAUGCAUUAUGAUUCUCAUAGCGAAAAGCUAA